AAAUGACGCGACCAGUUCCCGACAGCAACGGCGGCGGCAUGGUGGCCGGGUCGUACAAUGGGUCGUAUGUAUCCCACGACAGCAUCUUGCUGACCAAGUCGAAUUCCAAGUCCCCGUACAUCUUGUCCUCUUUCACAGACGUCGACUGGUAUGACUUGAACGUGACGCCGAACACGCGCCACGGGCGCAAUUCGAUCAGCGUCCUCCUCGGCCUCGACUCGAUGCAGUCGUUGAUUACGAUGAGCCAGAAGGGAGAACGUCUCCCGAUGAUGGAGCAUACGACAACGUACCCGUCGACAAGUCCAAUGUCGGGUCUAUACCGCCGGGUGCUUCCACGGCGGUGGCUCGAAAGCCACGCAUUGCGACGGCUCAUGAGCAACUGCGACGCCACCGAGAUGUGGGUAGCGUUACUCGUGACGUUGGUUAUGCUUAGCAUUGCGUUUGCGCUGGCACAUCUUGUCGAUCGCAAAAGCAACAAUCUCGGCAUCCACCUCCUCUGUAUGGCCGCUCCAGACAACUUCAGCGCAAAGACGGCCAUCCUCGCGUCACCGUACUCGAUGCUGAGCUCAAUGGUACUCACUGGUAGCUGCAUCGUCAUAUUUGGCGUGUCUCUCUACCUCGCAAUUGAGUGUACUCACUACAAGCGUACGAUCUUGGCAAAUCGGACGAACACCAACCUCACGUCCGUGUUCGUGCUACCCUGCUACGAGUACGUUUGGUACGUCCUCGUGGUGCUGGCGCUCGCCGGUAUCGUCGUGUCCAUGGCGGCGCUGCAUAUGUCGGUGGCGAGGUUCACGCGGCAUCGCAAAACGUUUUGUUUUUUUCAAUUUUUGCCGACUUCGUGGAUACGCCAGCUCGUGCCUGUCAUGAUGAUCCAAAAAUCAAUUUCCAAGGCGGCGGUGCAUCGGUCCAUCAGCUUAUCGGGACUCAUGAGCGCGUCCAUGCUGAGUGUGCUCUUCCUCGAGCGAAGUGUGCCAACCUUCUUCAUCGCGUUCCACUGCUGCCUCUUGGCGUUUUACACUUGGGUCAAGCACAAGAGCUGCGUCCGGGCAUCGUUUGACUACGUCUACCUCGUUCUCUGCUUGACGUCGGCAGUUGCUCUCGCGCCACCGAUUCUACUUCUGUUCCGAUCGGAGAUCGAUCGAUCCAUUCUCGUCUGCGUCGUACAGAACGUUGUGGAUUCGUUCUUCAUCCUCGCCAUCAUGCUCACUCUGCGCGCCGAUACAAAGUACUGGCUUGGCAUCGACUACAAUUCACUGCACACAAACGAUCCUGCCCGAGUUUACCUCCGCUUGAUUGCCGAGCAAGGCAUCGCGUCGUCGUUUUCGACACGCACAUCGGUGUAUGACGUGCAUUUCAUGAUCGAAGAGUUCAAAUCCAACAUGAUUGACUUUUCCACGCUCCGUCUCGAAGCGGUCGUGGCACAGGGCGCGACGGCGGUCGUGUUGCGGGGCAGCAUGCACCAAAACAGCAAACUCAUGCACACGCCGGUGGCCAUUAAAAUGUACACGUCGCUGUUUGUCACGGAGGAGGACGUGCAUCGGUUUUCAAAAGAAACGUCGUUCAAUGUCCAGCUCUCCCAUCCCAACAUUGUCCGAUUUCAUGGCCUGUGUGUGGUCCCGCCCGCAAUCUGCUUGAUCUUUGAGUUCUGCGAAUUGGGGUCCCUCGAAGUCGCACUCGACACGGACUACGGUCGGGCGCUCGAUCUCGCGACGCGACUCAAGAUGUGCCUCGAUGCAUGCCUCGCCGUGGCAUAUCUACAUAGUUUUGACCCACCUCUCUUGCAUCGCGACAUCAAGACGGCCAACCUCCUCCUCGCGACGAACGGUCUCUUAAAACUGAGUGACUUUGGCGAGUCCAACUUGCUCGGCCCCAAAAGCGACGGCACCAUGACAAUUGUCGGGUCGGUCGAUUUCAUGGCGCCCGAAAUGAUCUUGGGCGGGAAAUCCAAGUCGGCCGUGUACGGCACCCCCGCCGACGUGUACAGUCUUACGGUCACAUUGUGGCACAUCCUCGUGCCAGGUAUUGCGCCGUGGUCGGGGCGGUCGCAUUUCGAUGUGUACACGGAAAUCAUUCAAGGCCAACGGCCGCCACUUCCAGACAACUUGGCGCCAGGACUAGCCGACCUGCUGCGACGUGGGUGGGCUCCCGAGCCCCACAACCGCCCCACAGUCGACACCAUGGCCAAGAUAGUGCACACCAUGUGGCUCGAAACGUGCCAUCGACUACCAUUACCACGCACCACGCGACUGGCGCUGUGAAGAGGACAAGUGCUUCUAUUUAUGACAUUACUAUGGUUGUGCAUCGGGCUUCUUCUUGGAUGAUUUCUUCGCCCCCUUGGACGUAGCCUUUUGCUUCUGCAAUUGCCGCUGGCGCCGCAGAGCGUUUUGCUUGCGUUGUUUCUCUUCUUCUUGCAGGGCGAGCCAUGUAGCAUCGUUUCCUACCGGUUCCAGUGGGCCUGCCGAUGUAAUCAUCUCGGGCACGAUCGAGGCGACGGAAGGUUGGCCCAACUUGAUCGUGCCUUCUACUGGAGCCUUCUGGCGCUGUUUUGCCACUGGAGAUGGGGCUGCCUUGUUGUUGCGGCGUUUGCUUGGUUUGAAUGCAAACAGAUCGUCUUCAUCGGCUGCAUCAACCAAGUUCAGGUCGACCACGUCGUCGCCGAUCUCAACGUCUGCCUCAGUGUUGUACAGCUGAUCCAGGUUGGCGGCAGGCACCGUCGUUGCUCGACUUUCGAUUGCGUCUGCAAUCUUGUCUAGCACAUGCGCUUGGCCUGGAGUUGCCAAGAGGGAAGGAGAGGUCGCUGCGAGUGUCAAAAUUUCUGGAGGUGUCUCCUGGUGGAGCACCGCCGAAGGGGUUGGUACCUCGAACAGCUCUUUCCUCAACAAACCUUGACCAUUUGAUAGUUCUCUUGACAGAGCGUCGACUGGAUCCUGGACGGUUGCAGAAGUGGUGGCCGCAGCGUCUUGGGUCGAUGGUCCAAACUCGUCCUCCGAGAACAACUUUUCGUUGACGACUGCGGGUGGGUUGUUGACACGGAUGGGUUCAAAAGCCGACGUGGGAGCCGCGCUGCCCGUUCCGAACAAAUCCAUUUCAAAGCCGUCGACUGGCAUGGCAGGUGUCAUGCUGAGGACAGCUUGCUCCUGAGUCACUUUCGGUGCAUCAUCGUGAACGCCAUGUGAAGGUCCGUCGCCAAUAUCUCCUUCGACGUCCCCCGAAGGAGUGGUUGGGGGCCGACACAGGCUGAACCCAUUCAUGUCUGCAGUCGGUGCCUUCCACCGUGAUGGCAAUACAGAAUCGACCGGACUGCUUGUACGAUGCUUCAGACUGGGCAACUCAUCAUCGGCGGAAGAGACGCGUGCGAAAUGCGAUGACUGUGGAGGUUCAGGGCCUGACAACAUGUCGCCUUCCGUCGACGAUGCGGUUCGUUGGGACUGAGGGAAGGAGGCACUUGCACUUGUAGCUGCCAUCGACUCGUCGGGUUCACUGCCAUGUCCCGCAUCGAUCUGCGGCUGCGCUUUCACCACCUCAGCGGUCCGUUGACUUUUUGUGUCAAAGGGCACAGCACCCUUGUCGCGUGAAUCGCUCUGAUCAACUUCGCACUCUUCGGCCCUCAACACACCACCAGACUCGAACAGGUUGUCAAACUUGGGUGAAUUGUGGCCAGCCAGGCGGGUCAGGGGUUCUGCAUUGGAUGAGGUUCUCGGUGGUCGCAGUAAGUCCAUGGACUCAUCUUCAAAGAGGGCGUCGAUGACGUCGACGGCUUUCGACGUGUUCGCCUUUGACAUGCCAGAUGCAUGCCGCGAACGGCGUUUUGACAUGCUGACAUUGGUGGCCGUUGGUUCAGUCUCGACGCCAUCGGGUCCGACCUCACAGUCCUCUCUCCCGGACACGUGCGCACUGGCCGACACGAACUUGCGACGCUGCACGACCGUUUUCAAACUCGGCAACGCAUCCUCAUGGUCGAUGUCCUCAUGGUCCGACGCAAAUGGAUCGUCCAUGUUGACGACAUGGCGAGGACGAGGACUCGUCUGACCUUGUUCGGACAUGCCUGGUGCCAUCAAGGCAGCAUCGCCGUCAGGCACCUUCGCCAACUUGCGCUUGGUUUCCGAGCGAGUGUUGUCACCUUCCAUGUCGCUGCCUUCGAUCUCGCUUCCUCCGUACAAGUUGUCUAGCUUGGCCGUGUCUUGGAACAACGCGUCGAUGUUGUCGCUGUUCGUUUUCGCUGUUUUUUUCGAGGAUUUCGCGGCAGCAAGGCGUGAUGUCCUCUGGCCAUGUACUACCUUUUGGCGCUCCUCAUCCGACGCAAACAGUUUGUCCAUGUGUGCCUUGGGCAACGGGUGAUCCCCUUCAACGCGAUGACGGGCCGAUUUCCUUGUUUUGCGUCGGCCGCCCGAUGGUUCCUGCUCUUCGUUGGGCCUUUCGUCUUCAGUCGGCAUGUCGUCUGCAUCGUUGCCGUACAAGCUGUCCAACUUGGCCGCUUCCGACUCGAAGAGAUCGGCAAACGAGUCCUUUCGUUGUACGGCAUUGCGACCGGCUGCCCGCGAUGGCUGUUUAUGUGGGCGUCGCAUUCGCUCGUUCGGAACCUUGUCGUCAUCGUCGAAGAUGCUCGCAGCCGUGCUAUGGCGCGGCGACCUCGCCCGUCGCUCACGCAGUAGCAGUUUGAGCUCCGCCAGCUCGGAUUCCAAACUCGUCAAUUUAUCGACUAUAAGCGAUUGGCUGUCGACACCUCCGCCGCCAUGUUCCCUCGGCGCACUAGAGACAGCACCCGACGGGAUGGACGCAAAGGCGCCCAACGAACGGCCCAGGGCAACCACGUACGUCCCAGUGACCGGGUCGUACUCGUACUCUUUCGACGACACGGUCGCGCCAAAGAUGUCUCCGUCCGAUGGGCGGGAAUUCGUGGGGGCGGAAGUCUGCGCCAGUUGACUCCAUCCCGAUUUCACACCGGUUGACACAGGCUGGGUGGAAAAACGAUCGACUAGCAGCUGUCCUGGUCUUGACGAUCCGAAAUUGCCGUACGGGUUGGCCCAUCCUGCCUGCCGCAUUGGAUCGGCCGAACCUGGUUUACCACUCGAAGGCGGCGAUGCCAACAGGUCGUCGAACGUGUCCCGGCGAGUUUUUGUCGUGGAGUCGACGAUGUUUGAGCUUGUCAGUGUCGAAUUUGCGGCUUGGGAAUGCUGCUGGGGUUGCUGCGCCGCCGUUUUGACAACUUCGCGCGGGCCUUCAAAAACGUCGUCGAAAGUAUCGCGACGCGAGGGGGCCGUGGUCGUCUGGAUCAU